GUUUGCCGACCAAAGUGGUGGAAAUAUCUACCGACCGUGGCUACAAUGACGCAGUGACAAAAGCGGCAGAUGAGGGGAAGCUUGCAGUCAUCGACUUCACGGCGAAAUGGCAAGAUCAUGGCACCCAUUUUCGAUUCCCUCAGUGCCCAGCAUCCACAUGUUCAGUUCCUGAGAGUCGACAUUGA